UGUUCAUCGUGCUUACUAUAAAUAUGAAUGGCGUGUGUUGUGUACAAGAACUACUUAAAAGUGAAUAUAAAACUUUAUUGACUAAAUUAAUCGCUAAAUAAUUGCCAAUUUACCUCAAAUCUCAACUUAAACCCCCAACUAUCAAUCUAAAUAAAUUCUCAUUCGUCUAAUACCUCGCGAAUGCCAUUUAAAUCAAUUGAAAAAUCCAAGUGUUUUUAUUACAAGCAGUGUGACAAUUAAAUCGCGACGACUACGAGGAGCACGACAACGGCAACCGCAACGAAACAGAUAUAUUCCAUUUGACAAAUGGUCAAUAAAAAUACACAUGAAAAGAAGUAAAAAGAAAAGGAAAGAACAUCCCAAACGACAAAAGAAAAUACAAAAAUUAAAUAUAAAGUGAAGUGAAGAAGAGAAUUAUUUCCCCCCAACAAAACCAAAACCAAAACUAAUCAACGAAAAAUGCACGCAAUCUUUUGUGCAAUUGUUUGUCCCUAAAAAAACGGAUAUUUCCGAUACCGAUUCCGAGUUUGAGUCUUGAGUAGCGAUUUGGAAAAACACCCCCUCCGCCACCAUCGCACCAUCAUCACCACCAAUAAUGUUAAGCCUGCAGCUGACAAGGAUCUGGUUGUGUGCGGGCCAAAUUUCUUUGGCCAGCAAACCAAAUCACAAGAGAUAAACGGAGCUGCAUUAAAACAAUGAACUGAUAAAUAGAAGUCAAGAAAAGAGUUUAAAAUAAAAAAAACAAAACAAUCAUAUAUAAAAUAGUUAUCAACGUCUUACUACUUUAGUUUACUUAAAUAACAACAACAAAACAUAACAAACAAAAACCUAGCUAAAUUUAGAUGAUAUUGGCAUAGCCCACAUUAAAAUAACAAAAGAAGCAAUAAGUGAAUUAUACAGAAAACUAAAAAAAAAAACAAAAGGAAAUUGAGUGAGAAGAUCUACAAAAGAGUUUCUCAACUUUUAAACGCGUGUGACAAACACAAAAAGCCAUUAUAGAAAAUAGAUAAGAACUAAAAUAAAAAGAACUAAGUUUAAAAUAUAAUGACACACAAUCUCGGAAUGGCUCCAUAUCGACUGCCGGGGCCAGGUAUUUGCCCGCCCGAUUUUAAGCCACCGCCACCUACAGAAUCGCUGAAUAUUAUAUCAGCACCGAGUAAUCCGAAGAAACGGCGGAAAACAUCGAACGCAAAUGCGGCGAACGCAGCCAACGCAAUGUUAUCACAACCCCCGCCCACACCGCAGGACCUGUUGCCACCACCGCCGAUGAGCGGUUUUGGUGACACAAUUGUAGCAUCGAAUCCCUUCGACGACAGCCCGCCCAUGAAUAGUCCCUCGGCCAUGAGUCACAUGGCGAUGAAUCACUUCAAUGCAGCAAUGAAUCCCCACAUGCAUCCACAUCACCCGCAUCAUCAUAUGGGCGGACCGUCGAUGCGUGGCAUGAGUCCGUUAGGAAUGGGGAGUCCAAUGGGAGGUCUAAUGGGUCCUGGAGGUCCGAUGGGUCCUGGAGGUCCAAUGGGUCCUGGCGGUCCAAUGGGUCCUGGUGGUCCAAUGGGACCUGGAGGCCCGAUGGGACCCGGUGGUCCCGGAAUGCAAUGCGGCGGUCCGAUGCCACCUCAUAUGGGAAAUCGUGGUGGAGGUAUGGGCAGUCCAAUGGGAAUGCGAGACGGUGGGGGAAUGCCUCCAGGAGCAUCCAUGGGCGGAAUGAGUCCGAUGAGCAGCAUGGGCCCGAGCAUAUCACCGAUGGGUCCUAUGGGAGGCAUGUCGCCGAUGGGCGGCCCAAAUAAUUCUCACAUGGGAAUGAACUCAUCAAUGGGGCCAAAUGGCCCCCGGUCGAUAGGAAGUCCCAUGAGCGGUGGACCUAUUGGCAGUCCAAUGAACUCAAUACCCAUGGGAUCACCUAUGGGAAACGCAAUGGGCAGCCCCUUAGGGGCUGGCGGGCACAAUGGUCCAAAUCAACCACCUCACAUGAACAACGGUCAAAUGGGUCCACCCAUGCAUAGUCCUCUAGGUAAUGGUCCAGCGAAUCACAGUCAUAUGCAAGGAAUGAAUAGUGGUGGUGGAGGAGGAGGCGGCGGCGGCGGAGGAGGAGGCGGAGGAGGUGGUGGUGGCGGCAGCGGUGGUGGUGGUAGUAGUGGUGGAGUAGGAGGAGGAGGUGGUGGUGGAGGAGGAGGAGGAGCAGGAGGAGGAGGUCCACCACAAAAUCAUCCAGCAUCACGAAUGAACGUCCACAAUGGUGCAAUGCCCACUUCCUCGGCGAGCGGGCCGAUGCCACCUCAUCAAAUGAAUCAAAUGUCAGCGGCGGGAUGUCCAACGAGUUUAGGUAUGCAACAGUCCGCACCUCUGAUGACUCAGGCGAACAGCAUGAAUUCAGGUGGUCCUGGUAGUGGAGGUGGUGUGGUCAAUGUCGGUGGAAUGGGCAGUCACGUGCAUCGAGCUAGUCCUUUAGGCGGUGGCGGUGGAAUGAAUCCAAUGAAUCACCCAAAUGUUCCUAUGCACCAGUCGGGGGGAAUGAGUGGUGGUCCACCGGGCGGGGGUGGUGGACCACCAGGGCCACCGCCCGGAAUGAUGAACCCAAAUAUGCCGAACAUGCCACCUCAUAUGUCGCAACAUAUGGGUCCGGGAGGACCUAAUCACCAUUUAAUGCAUAUGGGCCAUAUGGGAGGACCAGGAGGUCAUCCAGGCAGUCCAGUCAAUGGUCCACCACCCAAUUCAAUGGUUCCGAAUUCAAUGUUCGGACCAAAACCGAUGCCAGUGAGUGCGGGCAAAAUGUAUCCGCCUGGGACGUCAAUGGUCUUCAAUCCACAAAAUCCGACCGCUCCACCUAUUUACCCAUGUGGCGUGUGUCACAAGGAGGUCAACGACAACGAUGAAGCUCUAUUCUGUGAAUCUGGUUGUAAUUUCUUCUUUCAUAGGACAUGUAGUGGCAUGACGGAAGCUGCAUUCCAAUUAUUAAGUAAGGAAAUCUACGCAGAAUGGUGCUGUGACAAAUGUCUGUCUUCCAAACCGAUCCCAAUGGUCAAGUUCAAAUGUUGAAAUAAUAUCAUUCUCAACUAGUAACAAAAAAUUGAAAAAAAAAAACAGAAAACAACAAGAAAAUCCCAAACAACACCACCGUUACCACGAUAAAAACGUAAAACAAAACAAAAUACACACAUUUGCAUUGUGAGAUAAUCAGAUAGAGCUAAAACUUCAAUUGGAGUCAAAUGGUAAACCGAGUUUUAUUCAUUUGUUUAUACAUACAAAAAAAAAGAAUUAAAAAAACAAAACAAAAUCUUAAAUAAAAAAAUACGAAUAAUUGUAAAAAAAUUAAUAAAUAUAUAGAAAUACAUAUAUUUAGCAGUAUGUAAAUGGUUCACCCGAUUGAGAGUCUCCAAUUACAUUAUAUAUAUAUAUAGGACAUUAUUAUAAAAUUUGUGUGUAUAUACAAACCAAUUUAUACCCGUGAUUAAUUUUACUUAAGACUUCUUCAUACAAAAAAUAGAAAAAAAAACAAACAAAAAAAAAAAAUACAAAAAUUUAAUGCUCCCACACCAUCACUAAAAAUGUCCCCCUCCACCCCUCUAUAAAUAUUAAAUACAACUCAAAGAUUAAUCGUGUACAUUUUUGUGGCAGUUUUGAUGUGUGUAUGAACAUUGGGCGAGAUAUAAAAAUAAAAAUAUGCAUAUAUACAAAAAAAAAGAAAACUUAGUAUAAAUAAUAAAUUACAUUUUAAUAAAAACAAAACAAAAAAAAUUAAGAAGUUGUGUGAAUCCGAGAAUGGGCAAAUAAUAAAAUAAAAAAAAAUAAAAAGAUAAAUCAACCAGGACUCUUUUUAAAUGUUAACAUAAAGAAAAAAAAAGAAGAAAAUAUUAAAAUCAGUAUAGAUUUUAAAUAAGUUAUUUAUAAAUAAAACUAAAUACGAAACAAAAUAUAUAUAUAUAUAUAUAUGUUUAUGUAUAUAUAUAUAACCCUUGAUAAUAAAACAAAAGAAAUCACACGAAAAAACAAAAACAAACAGGAACGAUUCGUCUAUUUCCUAAUAAUGUAUUCAAUAUUUUCUUAUUUUUAUAUUUUUCUUUUUUUUUGUAGACUUUGAUCUCAUUCUAAACAAUUUCACCCCAAAAAAUAAAUAAGAGAUGACUUUUAUGUGACAGGAAAUCAGUACUAAUUCGUUGUAUGCAAAAAAUCCAGUCCAGUAAAAUAAGGCUUAAGAAUGGGGUCAACCUCGGAAUGAGAAGAGAUAGUAAGCUGGAAAUUUGUUUAUAUUUUGGUGUUAGGUAUAACCUUUGUUUAAAAAGUUUCAUUAAAUCUAUUUUCUGCUUCUGUUAUGGCUUCUUACCAAAAGUGUCAAACAUAAAAAUUGCUUGUCGCAAUCAUUUUUCCAUACGCUCAAGCGUUUCAGAGAUAGAUUUCAAAACUAGUGCAACGCUUUACACUUUCUUAAAAUUUGAGAAGAACAUUAGAGUUUGUGAGAAAGGAAAUAUUUUUUAUUUGAAAUGUCAAAACUUUAACCUAAUUGUUUUAUCUUCCACCGAAAAAUAAAACAUCUCAUCAAAAUGUUAACCUGUUUCUUUAAAAAAAAUACGGUUUAAAACCAUUGACAAGGACCUAUUCACUCAUAACGCAUCGGCUUACAUCGAUCACCGAAAUCUAGCAUAAAUGAUUGUAGAAAGAUGGGGAACCAUGUGUUCUUUCUCCUCUGUCCUUCUAUCUUGUAUUAAUGUCUUUAAGAAUAUUUAACAAUAACCUAAUUCAAACAUUUUUUGGCACAAAUGGGGCCUUACUUUAUACAUUGGUAAAUUAUAAAAUUUAACAUGUGUUUAACAUGAAAUCGAUGGCUAAAAAAAGAGUGUCUUUGGCGAGGUUUAUCUCGGGUUGUUCAGUCCCAGUUUUCCUGAUGGAGGUUGGUUGGCUGUGACGGCGUUCGAAGGAAACAUGGAGGACGAAUAUGUGAGUGAGUCAUUCCACAAACCACAGGUUCUGACAAUCCGUUGGCACUGGCUGGUCAGAUGACAUCAGGCUGUAGACGAACGGUCUAAGUUUUGAUCCUUGGGCGACUCCAGCCUUUACGUCUUUAAUCGUUGACUUGCAACUGUCGAUUUCUACGAAAAAAUUUCUGAAAGAAAGAAAAUAGGAAACACAAUUUGAAUCGAUUCCCUUUCACACUGCCUUUGCAUUCUGCUAUCCAGCGGUUAAACUACAUUAUGCCAAACCAAUUUGACAUUCAAAUAAACAGCUGUUCAUAUAAAAAUCUUGGGAAUGUUGGAUAAAUUGUUUUGAUUCAUACAAAAAUUAAGUUUAAUCAAUCCACCUAAACAGAAUAAUUUGUGUAAUUUUUGGAAAUGGGCAGUAUUGGACUUUUUAUUCCAAUUGUAAGCAGAGGAAUAAGAGAAUCCUCAAACAGAGAGCUUCGGAGAAAAGUUAAAAAGUGUCUUCCUUCCCCUAAAAAUGUUAAUAUUCUUUUAUUUAUAAAGCAAAUAUUCUAAAUUUAGCAAUAAAUUAAUUUUCACUUACAUUUGGCUUCCAAAAAUUAAAAA